AGUCUGAAGUCCCCUUUGGGGCACGGUUUUACACUCACGUAUCCAAGGGAUACGUGGUGUCUGUUGGAGAGGAGGGAUCCGGACCCUCACAGCACUCUCCGUCUGAGUUUCUGCUCUCGGUUUGGAGCCAGAGCCGCGCAGCGUAUGUCAGUCUUGUUUGCGUUUGUCUGCCGUUUGUUAUUUACUGUCUGAGCGCUCUCUUCCUAGAAACAGCUAUGGGACAGACUGUCACCACACCCUUGAGCCUCACGCUUGGCCACUGGUCAGACAUGAAAGCACGAGCCAGCAACGAGGGACUUGUAAUUAAGAAAAAAAAAUGGAUCACCCUUUGCAAGGCUGACUGGGUCACAAUGAAUGUAGGAUGGCCUCGCGAGGGAACUUUUAAUCUCAGUCUAAUUUUACAGGUGGAGGGAAAAGUCUUCGCUCCGGCCCCCCAUGGCCACCCGGACCAGGUUCCAUACAUCGCUAUCUGGAAACUCCUAGCGACCAACCCCCCCCCAUGGGUUAAGCCGUUUCUCUUCCUGCCAGCGCCCCCGGCCUUCCCCCCCACAGCACCGCUGCCCCCUCUUGCCCCUCCUACCUCCUCCCUUUACCCUAUUCUCCCACGAAAGGAUCCCCCUAAGACCCCUGUCCUUCCUGCGGACUCCAAUUCACCCCUUAUUGACCUUUUGACAGAGGACCCACCGCCGUACCCGGGGAAUCCAGCGCGGGAAGCGGCGGUUCACGGGCCCGCUGCGCCAGCCGCGCCAGCGGCGCCCUCUCCAAUUGCCGGUCGCCUACGAGGAAAGCGCGAUGAACCAGCCAAAGUAUCCAGGGCCUUUCCCCUCAGGGAAGGCCCCAGUCACCAGCUUCAGUACUGGCCGUUUUCGGCCUCUGAUCUCUACAAUUGGAAACAGCAUAAUCCUCCAUUCUCUAAGGACCCUGUUGCCUUGACUAACUUGAUUGAGUCCAUUUUAGUGACCCACCAGCCUACAUGGGAUGACUGUCAGCAGUUACUGCAAACCCUCCUGACAGUGGAGGAGAAGCAGCGAGUCUUCUUGGAGACCCGGAAGCAGGUUCCUGGAGAUGAUGGAAGACCCACCCAACUGCCUAAUGUUAUUGAUGCAGCCUUUCCCCUCACCCGCCCGAACUGGGACUUCAUGACCCCAGAAGGUAGGGAGCACCUACGUCUCUUUCGCCAGUUGCUCUUAGCAGGUCUCCGGGGGGCUGCUAGGCGCCCCACCAAUUUGGCUCAGGUUAGAAAUGUGGUCCAGGGAAAGGAUGAGACGCCGGCAGCAUUCCUGGAAAGACUUAAAGAGGCCUAUAGAAUGUAUACCCCAUAUGAUCCGGAAGAUCCAGGACAGGCGCCGAGCGUCAUCUUGUCUUUCAUCUAUCAGUCAAGUCCAGAUAUAAGGGCCAAGUUACAGAGACUAGAGGGAUUGAAUUCGUUCAAUUUGUCAGAUUUAUUAACUAAAGUCCUGGCCGCUGUAGUGUCUCAGGGACAGGUCAGGGAGGGAGUUAGAAAGGGAGAUCAAAAAAGGAUACCCCUUGACAAAGACCAAUGCGCCUACUGCAAAGCGAGAGGACAUUGGGCUCGUGACUGCCCAAAGAAACCUCGAGGGCCUAAAAAAACUAAGACAGGAGCCACGAACCUCCUCAAUCUGGAAGAUUAGGGAGGUCAAGGCCAGGAGCCCCCCCCUGAGCCUAGGAUAACUCUCAAGAUCGGGGGGCAGCCAGUGACCUUCCUGGUGGACACCGGAGCUCAACAUUCAGUCCUGACCCAUACCGGAGGCUCCCUCAGUGACCGCACAGCUUUGGUCCAGGGGGCCACAGGUAGCAGGAGAUAUCGAUGGACCACCGAAAGAAAGGUUCAGCUGGCAUCUGGACAGGUAACCCACUCUUUUUUGCAUAUACCUGAUUGCCCUCACCCAUUAUUGGGCCGAGACCUAUUGACUAAACUCAAGGCUCAGAUCUACUUUGAUGACAAGGGGUCAACCGUUACGGGGCCCAAAGGGACCCCCCUACAAGUCCUAGCCCUAAGACUGGAAGAGGAAUACCGCCUCUUUGAAUCCGAGUCCUCUAAGGAGCCACCGGAAGGGAUACAGGGCUGGUUGAGAGAAUUUCCCUCAGCAUGGGCCGAGACCGGCGGCUUGGGGCUGGCUCACGACCAACCCCCCCUUGUUAUUCAAUUAAAAGCCUCUGCCACUCAUGUUUCAAUCAAACAAUAUCCCAUGCCCCGGGAAGCCCACGAGGGUAUUAAGCCACACAUCCAGAGGCUCCUGGACCAGGGGGUACUCGUGCCCUGUCGAUCCCCUUGGAAUACCCCCCUCCUGCCAGUAAAAAAACCCGGGACAGGGGAUUACAGACCAGUUCAAGACCUGAGGGAGGUUAAUAAACGGGUUGAGGAUAUACACCCCACAGUGCCAAACCCUUAUAACCUCCUCAGCACUCUUCCACCAACCCAUAUUUGGUACACGGUAUUGGACUUAAAGGAUGCCUUCUUCUGUUUGAGAUUGCAUCCCCAGAGCCAGUUGCUAUUCGCUUUUGAAUGGAGAGACCCAGAAAUGGGACUUUCAGGACAGUUGACUUGGACUCGGCUCCCCCAGGGGUUUAAGAACAGCCCGACCCUCUUUGAUGAGGCCCUACAUUCAGACUUGGCCGAGUUCCGGGUCGAACACCCGGCCUUAAUCUUGUUCCAAUAUGUGGAUGACCUCCUCCUAGCAGCCAGAACCCAAGCGGAAUGUUUAAGAGGCACUCGGGCCCUUUUGACUAAACUGGGACAGAAGGGCUAUCGGGCUUCGGCCAAGAAGGCCCAGAUUUGCCAAAGCAAGGUCAUUUACCUGGGUUACACCCUGGAGGGAGGACAGAGAUGGCUCACGAAAGCAAGGAAGGAGGCCAUAAUCUCCAUACCCCCUCCAAGGAACCCCCGCCAGGUGCGAGAGUUCUUAGGUACAGCCGGCUACUGCCGCCUCUGGAUCCCAGGUUUUGCCGAGAUGGCUGCCCCAUUAUAUCCUCUCACCAAGCCCGAUGUCAUGUUCCACUGGGGAGAGGAGCAACAGCAGGCCUUUCAACAAAUUAAGAGGACUUUACUCAAGUCACCAGCUCUUGGCUUGCCAGAUCUGACUAAGCCUUUUGAACUAUUUGUGGACGAGAACUCAGGCUUUGCAAAAGGAGUACUGGUACAGAGACUGGGGCCAUGGAAGAGACCUAUAGCUUAUCUCUCCAAGAAAUUGGACCCAGUGGCUGCAGGUUGGCCCCCUUGUCUGCACAUGGUAGCCGCCAUCGCUGUCUUGCUCAAGGACGCAGGGAAACUGACUUUGGGACAGCCAUUAACUGUGUUAGCCUCCCAUGCGGUGGAAGCUCUGGUCCGGCAGCCUCCAGAUAAAUGGCUCUCAAAUUCCAGGAUGACCCACUACCAGGCUCUGUUGUUAGACACAGACCGAGUGGUGUUCGGACCAGUUGUCUCCCUCAAUCCCGCCACCCUGCUGCCCUUGCCAGAUCCGUCAGAGGAGCACAAUUGCCUCCAGAUUCUGGCAGAGGCCCAUGGUACCCGCUCCGACCUAACAGAUCAACCGCUGUCGAACCCAGAUUUCAUCUGGUUCACGGAUGGGAGCAGCUUUCUUCAAGAAGGAGAACGGAGGGCUGGAGCAGCAGUCACUACUGCAACAGAGGUAAUUUGGGCCUCACCACUGCCGCCCGGAACAUCGGCCCAAAGGGCAGAGCUGGUCGCACUGACCCAGGCCCUCCGGAUGGUGGAAGGUAAGAGACUCACGGUCUAUACUGAUAGCAGAUAUGCCUUCGCUACUGCCCAUGUACAUGGAGAAAUAUACUGGAGGAGAGGCCUCCUGACCUCAGAGGGCAAGGAAAUUAAGAACAAAAAAGAAAUUUUAGACCUCUUAAGGGCUUUGUUCCUCCCACAUCAGCUCAGCAUUAUACACUGUCCCGGGCACCAGAAGGAUGACUCUAUAAUAGCACGGGGAAAUCGGCUGGCCGAUCUGACGGCCCGGACAGUGGCCUUACAACCCCCCCAGGGGCGACGAGCUGCUGGUCUUGCAGGACAACCAACAGCCAAGCAGAGACCCCAUGCCCUACAUACCCUGGAGGCGCACCUUCAAGCCCUCCAACUGGUACAAAAGACGGUGUGGAAACCCCUGGCCGAUGCCUACCGGGAGCAACUGAAUCGCCCGGUGGUGCCUCACCCAUUCAAGAUUGGGGACUCUGUCUGGGUCCGACGCCACCAAUCCAAGAACCUAGAGCCGAGGUGGAAAGGACCAUACACUGUCUUGCUAACUACUCCCACUGCACUCAAGGUUGACGGGAUAGCAGCGUGGGUCCACGCGUCACAUGUGAAGGCCGCCAAAGAACCCGACGAAGCCGAGAGCACCAAGACGUCUACAUGGAAAAUUCAACGUUCUCCAAACCCACUAAAGAUAAGACUUACCCGUGGGUCCCCCUAAUUCCCCUGAUAGCCCUCCUAACGUUAGGAGGGGCAUCACCAGAGAGCCCCCACCUGGUUAAGAAAAUUACCUGGCAGGUCAUUUCCCAGACUGGAGACAUGGUCUGGUCCACGACUGCUCAACACGCCCCUAACACAUGGUGGCCCUUCUUGACUCCCAAAAUAUGUGAUCUAGUCGCUAGGCUUGAUACCUGGGAUAUCCCCGAAUACACCCACAUUAAUAGGCCCCCUGUCCUAGAUUCAGACCACAACAAUAUUAUGUUCCGGAAGAAGCGGGCCAUACAGACUGGGGAUAGAACCCAAGGGCACUAUAUAGCCGACUCGCCUGGCUGUCGAACACAGUCAGCCUAUAGAAAGCUGCAGCAGACCCAGCUGUAUGUAUGCCCUAGGGACGGAAGGGAUUGGAAUACGGCUUACAAAUGUGGGGGACUAGAAUCUCUGUA